GUUUCGCUUUUAUCGCUUUUAAAAGAAACGGUAAAACACUUGCUUAGCUUAUGUUGAUGAAGACAUGUAUGUAUGUGUAUGUGCAUACGAUGCAUACAGUUAUUUGAGUGACAAUUGAAUGCCAAAUUACGCAGCAGAAGAACGCGGAUGAAGGGAAAAAUAAAGAAGUAAUAAAUGAACUGAAGCCCCGUUAUAGUCAGAAAGUGUUGUUAAAUAUUAUCCAGUGCUGUGAACCGACAGAUUUAAUACAAGGUAUGCAAUUGGGCUUCUGCUACACCUACAGCAAAGGGAAAUGUUUACCAUAAAAUGAUCUUAGAUACCAAAUUAUAUUAGUCAGAACUAUCUGGAGUAUAAAAAGCUGUCUUAUCAUUGGGCAAACUUAAUGGAAUUAAAUUGCCUGUUCAAAGGCCGAAGCGGGCACAGGGAUUUCACAUUCUAGAGGCUGAAAAGUGGUAUUCAAAAUAUAUGAAAGUGAUAAAAAAAGCAAAUAUAGUGAAAACAUAUAAUAAGAACAUAUAACAAUGUAUAAUAAUAUGAUAUAAUAUACAUUUUUAAAACAUACAACAAAUUUAAAAGUCAAAUAAUAAAUGGAAUACGAAUUAAAAUAUAUGAAAGUCAUAAAACUAAAUUAAAUUUAAUAAAUUGGUGAUAAUAAUAAUAAUAAAUAAUAAUAACAAAUAAAUUAAAUUAAAUAAAGUAAACAAAAAUAAAUAAAAAUGUAUUUAAAUAAAUACUGAAAAAAAUCACAAAUUAAUGGAAGUCAUUUGAAUGUUCCUAGCAUCUAAUCACCUCAAGGAUCAUAUUUUUUGGUCGUUUUCUUCGCCCUGAUUGUCGCUGUUUUGGCCCAACACGGUCACGGUGGUUAUGGUCAGCAAGGUGGAUUUGGUGGACACCAAAAUGGAUAUGGCCAGCAAGGAUUCGGUGGACACGGCCAGGAAGGAUUCGGUGGACAUGGCCAGCAAGGAUUCGGUGGACACGGCCAGGAAGGAUUCGGUGGAUAUGGCCAGCAAGGAUUCGGUGGACAUGGCCAGCAAGGAUUCGGUGGCCAUGGCCAGCAGGGCUACGGUGGACAUGGUCAAGGUUUCGAUCAGCAUCAUGGUGGACAUGGACACGGUGGACGUUAUUAGGCCGUUUGAAUCAAUAAAGAUGAUAACAUCAUCCAAAUUUUGGUAUUUAUUGUGAAUCGUUGUUGUGUAAACUGAAUUCUUUAAAAUGGGGAAAAAAAGCAUAACUCCUC